AUGGGCCUCCUUCGAAGCGAGACCAUGAAGCAUGGGACCCUGGUCCUCCCUGUCGAUCGGGCCCGGGAGUUCGUAGACGUCAUCGGCUACUCUACACGAAUAGAAUUUGAGGACAUGAAUAGUGCUAGUAUGCAUAGGAAUUAUCGGAAGUAUAUACAAAGGAUUGAGGAGCUCGAGAGGAUAAUACGGUUCCUAGAGGUGGAGAUCCACGAGGCAUCGCCUCAUA